AUGUCAUCUCCAAACACCAACAUCUCUCCAACUCAGGGCAUUAAUCUCCUCCGAUCACUUCUCAAUGAUCCGCACAUCAGUCCACAGAAACAACCACAAAAGAUUAUCGAGACACUGGGAUCUCGUCCAGUUCCAACUUACGGAAACUGGACAAUUGCUCCGAAUCAAAACAAUUUUCAUCAGAGCCAAAACUCUCAGCCAACUUUCGUUCCAGUUCGUAGAUACUUCGUCUACAAGUAUCACUACGAGUACUAUGAUCCCAUUCCUCUUCAUCAUCUUUUCAAUACUUCGAUGAAGAACCAAAAUGAGAUCGAUGAGGACGCUUUUUUGCCUCAGUCAGACCUCUACUGGAUGAGAAAGAGACAAGAGCGAUACGAGUUUCAUAAGAAUCAGAAGGGUAAGGUCGAAAAACAACUGUAUAUAAAUAUUUAG